CUCUUGAAAUAAAUUUWAUUUGAAAGUUUCAUUUACUUUAUAUUUAAUAGUUUAACAAAAAUGUUUAAUUAUUUGCUAAAUCUUGUGUUCAUUUUAGCGAUAAUCUUAAAAUUUAUUAAUUUACAAUUGGUUUCAACAAAUACAUGGCAUGACUUACAGCAAAGUCAGGUACCGGUGCGACGCAUUAAUAUAUCAUACAGUUUGAGUCCAAAUCCUAUUAAAUAUGAAGACACUGUUGGCAAAAAAAUGUGUCCACAAUGUGUGGACAAACAUUUGGUUCAGCAUUAUAUGACACGAGGAUGUCGUCCCAUCAUUAAAGGCGGCUGUGAGUGUCCAUCACGUUAUCAAUGUCCCGAAACCAGCAAUUUUGUAAACCAAACAAAUGAUUGUCGCUAUAGAGGACAGACUCUGGCAUUGGAUUCAUCCGUUGUCGACGACAACAUUUGUCGUCUUUGCAAAUGUGUAUCCAAUGGCCAAUACAUUCAUAUAGAUUGCAGUCAACCCAUCGCAGGAUGUCUGAAGAGUGAACGUCUGAAAAAUGAUGACAAAAAGUGUCAGUCAAUCAAUUGUGAUCUGAAAUCUGAUCCACGAUUGAUGGCCGGCUGUACACCAGUUUAUAGUGACACCGGUUGCUGUCCUAUUGAUUACAAGUGCCCCAAAUCUAGUGCCAUCCGAGUGCGCGGUUUGGACAGCGAUUCAUUUAUGUGUGAGUUCGAGACCCGUAAAUACCCGAUCGGUUCAGCGCUUUAUAGUUCAAAUAAAUGCCACAAAUGUGUGUGUCGUCUACCACCACAAUUCACAUGUAUUCAACCAACAAAUUGUUUUUAAAUUGAUAUAUUUGAUAAUAGUUGCUACUAUUGGAUGUAAUAAUGAACAAUAAAUUUAUAACC